GGAAGGUGGGGCGGCAAGGGUGAUCCAUCGCGCGCUUGGCGAUCGCAACGCAAUGCAAAGUGGCAGGCACACGAUCGUCUUGUACCAGCCGAGCGCCGCGCGAGGGAGCCGGACGUUUCUGGAUUACGAGAGCGUCACGCAAGCCAUGGAUGGGAUUUGCGGCUUGUUCGAGAAGAAGCUCAAGGACAUGAACCCCACGAUACGAAACAUCACGUACGAGGUCGCGGAUUUGUAUAGAUUCAUCGAUGAGCUUCCGGACAUGAGCGCUCUCGUAUACGAUACCGAGGUGAAUGCCUACAUCCCUUACGAUCGGCAAUGGAUUAAACUGCGCGCCUUCCAACAUCUCCGCAAGCUCGCCGGCCAAGCCGCCUAGUAAAUCGCUGCUGUGCGAGAGGACGCGCCUGUAAAUAACAACAUGAUGGGGACAUGGGCAGCAUUUAGCAGCCAGGAUUCGCUGUGACAAAACCACGAGCAGAGUAUUUAAAACAUCGAUUCGAGUGAGAGCGAGCGAGGGGAAAGGAGUCUCAAGAAAAAAUAAGAGAGAGAAAGCCAAGUGUGUGUGGAGAGAGAGAGAGAGCUUAUCAAUAAUUUGGAGAACUGGCAGGCCAAAAGAGAUGUGAUGUGAGUUCUUCCUCGAACUCGAGACGUCUCAACGUUUCUUGCGUGGUACAUUGUCGGGAUCACGCGAUUAAAUAAAGAGCCAUCGCUAGCU